AUGCCUCAAAUCAAAGCCAUCCUCUUCGACUGCGACAACACCCUCGUCCUCUCCGAGGAGCUCGCCUUCGAGGCCUGCGCAGACCUCAUCAACCAAAUCUGCGCCGAGCGCAACGUCCACGUCAAGUUCACGGGCGAGACGCUCAUCCAGGAGUUCGUCGGCCAAAACUUCCGCGGCAUGCUCACGACGCUGCAGAAGACGCACGGCAUCGACAUUGCGCCCGACGACCUCGAAAAGUACGUGCUCGCCGAGGAGGACGCCGUCAUCGCCAAGCUCAAGGCCGCGCUGAGGCCCUGCGUCGGCGUCGACGAGCAGCUCGCCGCGCUGGAGACGAGCGGCAAGUACCAGCUGGCCGUGGUGUCGUCGUCGGCGCUCAGGCGGGUGCGCGCCUCCAUUGAAAAGGUCGGCCAGGACAAGUAUUUCCCCGGAGACGUGGUGUUUUCCGCCGCGACGUCGCUGGAGAAGCCGACGAGCAAGCCGGACCCUGCUAUUUACUUGCAUGCGCUCAAGGUGCUGGGCAAGGCGGCUGGCGAGAGCGUGGCGGUCGAGGACAGCAAGAGUGGUACAUUGAGUGCUACGAGGGCGGGCAUCAAGACCAUUGGGUAUGUUGGUCCGUAUGCCGAUGACAAGAAGGACGAGAUGGAGGGCGUGUUGCGGGAUGCGGGCGCCGUGGUGAUUAUGCGUGAUUGGAGCGAGUUCCCGGCUGCUUUGGCCAAGAUUGAGAAGGGCGAGGUUUAA